AUGGCGCAGCACAUUCAGCAAAUUCCUUCAUCAGUUAAGGCCCUGAAUUCGACGGUCCAAGCUCCUUUAUUUCAGGGCCUGUACUCUUAUAAAUACAACAAUAACCGCGACCUCGAUUACGACAAGCAUCCAGAAUACUUACACCAGCGAGGACUGAACGCAAUGAGUCAAAAGAUUCAGCAACUGCAUUACACUUAUUACAUCCGGGCAUACUAUCAAUAUUUCCACGAUGCACACCCCCUAUUACUUCCGUUGACGGCUCUCGAAGGACCCCUCGGAACACAACACAUCCCUCGAAAACUUACUACGGUAAUGCAAUACAUCGGAAGCCAUUUCCUGACCAUCAAUACAAGCCCAAGAGAAGAUCAAUCUAGUACCCGAGGUGACCAUAGGAGAGCAAUAUCGGACGGAUCAAUUCAAUCCAAUAAUUACGAAGAAAAAGCAAACCGGGCGCUCGAAGAAGAAGCAUUCUCCUGCCUAUCACAUGCAGAAGAAGAACAAGAUGGUUAUCAAGUUCAAUGCAUGCUCCUCCUCUCCAUAACCGCCCACGCCCACGGCAAUUUCCUCGAAGCAAUCCGCCUCAUCAAAUCUACUGCCAGCCUCGCUCUUAACCUCGGUAUGCACACGCAAUCAUUCGCUGUUGCACAUGGCCACGGGUCUCCAAUGCUGGAAGAGAUGUGGCGUCGAUGUUAUUGGGAGUUGUUUGUCGUCGAGAGCCUUUUGUGCGCAUUGGUCGAAGAGAGUGCAACGUUGUACGAGGUUGGGUCUGAUAUACCCUUGCCAUGUGAUGAAGGGAUGAUGGAUGUACAUAUUUCAACGUCAUCAACUUACAAAUACACAAUUCAAGACCUCCUCGAUCAUUGCAAUAAUCGAGCCCAACUCGUUGAUCCAUUACCUUCAUUCGCCUAUCGAAUCACUGCAGCACAUUUUUUGGGUUCCGUGCUUUCUCUCCGGCCUUCUUGCAAAGAUGCAACGACUGCAAACGAGCUGGAGAAGUUCUACCCAAAGCUGAUGGAACAUGUAGACCACAAAGCUUCCAUUGGGGGAAUUGGCGCACAACCAGAUCAUAUAGCGCAAAUGCUUUCGCAGACCAAAGUUAUCGCUUGCUCAGCAAUGAUAUACUUUUACCGCCAAACCUCCAAACUCACCCCCAUCAAACUCCAAAGGAACCUCUCCCCAGAUCCCAGAUCACCAUCAUAUCCGUCAACCGGACCAAGCACACCCGUCUUUCCGAGCAGCUUCAUCCUCCAUUCCAAACUGUCCACCACCUCCACCAUCUCCAACUCCUUACACAGCAAACUAAUAACCUCCGACCCAUCCAGCAUGCACCUAAUAUCAACCGCAAAACAGCUCGCAACCCAACUCAACAACCCCCGCCUCGUCCGCGGAAACAGUCCCCUAAUCAUCGAUGCAAUCGCAUUAGCCAUGCUCGUCGAAAUGGCUGCCUUGUUACUCCCUACCCUUGAUGGGACAUUAAGGGAAAGACUUUCCAAUGAAUUCGGAAACUCAUUGGGAGUUCUGAAGAAGUUCGCGGCGAGAUGGCCGUUGGCAAAAACCGUGAGAGACUUGUUGAUUGAUGAGUAUGAGAAUUUGUUUAGACCCGAGAGGGCGAGAUGA